UCCAUUUGAAAGUGGAGUCUCCAUUGCUGCGAAGCAAGUAGAGAUUUCGUGAGAUUGGGUGUCAUCUUUGUCAAUUUUAUGUAUUUUGAUUUCCUAGUUAUGCCUGAUGUCAGUCUGUGAAUAAAGAUGUCAGCCAAGACAUUAGUGGAGGAAUAUCCCAUUCAUUGGCGAGUUUGGCAUAAUGAAUAUGAAGAUUUAGAAAGAGAAAUCCAUAAAAAUGUGCAUGAUCUAGAGGCAGUUGAUGCUCGAGGAAGAACACCAUUGCUGCUAGCAGUAACUCUAGGUCAUUUAGAAAGUGUGAGAGUUUUAUUAAGAAAUGGAGCAAAUGCCAAUGUUGAGAAUUCAAAAUUUUGGUCAGUUCUUCAUGAAACUGUCAGUACUGGGGAUCCUGAAUUGGUUCAGUUAGUUUUACAGUAUAGAGAUUAUCAACGUUACAACAAACGUACAGCCAGUGUACCAGAAUUAUUGCAAAAACUAAAAGAGACACCAGAUUUCUAUGUAGAAAUGAAAUGGGAAUUUACAAGUUGGGUUCCGUUGAUUUCCAGGAUGUGUCCUAGUGAUACAUAUAGAGUAUGGAAAUGUGGAUCGUGUGUAAGAAUUGAUACAACUUUAUUAGGUUUUGACAACAUGAACUGGCAAAGAGGGAGUCGAAGUUAUAUUUUUAAAGGAACAGUAAAUUCAGCAACUGUUAUGGAAAUAGAUCAUGAUAAACACGAAGUUUAUACACAAAUGUUACAAAUCUCACCAUCUCCACCAGAUGUAGCAGUGAUGCAACCAUCAGAAGAAGCCGUUGCAGCACGUUUAACCUCCCCUCUCGUAACAACUUAUAUAGAUACUGAUAAAAUAUCAUUUGAAAGAAAUAAAGCAGGUAUAUGGGGGUGGAGAAGUGAUAAAACCGAAACUGUCAACACAUAUGAAUGCAAGGUUUUUAGUGCAAGUAGUGUAGAAUUAGUGACAAAAACUAGAACAGAACAUUUAACACAACAGGAUAAAGAUAAAUCAAAACGAAACAACAAAACACCAUUAGAGUCUUUCUUGGGAGUAGCAGAAGAACAUACUAAGACUCAGUCCACAUCAAAUGGUGUUGGUGAUAUUACCAGCGUUUCCUACAACCCUUCUUCUAUAACACCGGAAGAAUAUUUUAAUAAACAUAUCUCAUUGGAGGAUCGUGAUAUAGGUCGACCAAUGGAACUCUCUACAAAAACACAGAAAUUUAAAGCCACCCUAUCUCUGUGUGAAACAUUCCCUCUGUCUUUACAAGAGCAAGUUGUACCUAUUAUAGAUCUAAUGGCUGCCAGCAAUGCUCACUUUAAAAAACUGAAAGAUUUUAUAACGUUACAACUUCCAGCAGGGUUUCCUGUUAAAAUUGAGAUUCCAUUAUUUCAUGUAUUAAAUGCAAGAAUAACAUUUGGUAAUAUAUAUGCGUCAGAACAGCCUGUAGAACAUGUGACUUGUAUACGGGAUGAGAAUAUUAGUUGUGAUAUUAGUGAACAGUGUUUUGAAGUGCCACCAGGGUAUGGAAGAUUAGGUGAUGGUCAUCAUGAACGAUUACGUGACGAAGAUGAUGAGCUAUUACAGUUUGCUAUACAACAAAGUCUCAUAGAAAAUGGAACAGAGGAAGAUCAGGUAACAUUCUUUGAAGCUUUAACCAACACUAAACCACCAUUACCAGCUAGAGAAGAUGAUGAUAGAUUAUUACAGAGGGCUAUUGCUGAAAGUCUGUCUCUCAAUAGCAAUGGCGUACCUGGAAAUAUAUCUGAUCGCACAACUAACGGUCAACCCCCAAUUACAGCAUUUCGUUCCGAUGAAGAUCAACUACGUAUUGCUUUAGAGAUAUCUCAAAAUGAGCUUCAUGCAGCCGAGAAACGAAGGAAAGAGGAAGAAGAAGAGUUAGAAAUGAUCUUGAAAUUAUCGCUUACAGAGAAAUAAUAUGGCUGAUAUUUCUGUGUGUGAGAUGUCCUCGUCAUGUGAUACUUUUUAUAAUUAUUAUAUAUAUAUAUAAUAUUUAAUCCUCUUUAUAUAUCUGUUUAUAGGUAUAGAGAGAGAUAAUCAAUGUUAAUAUCAGACCUGCCCUCAUCUUGCUUUAUAUCAGAACUCUCGUUUCAACAUUCUGCAAACUAGUCAAAUUUGUUCACAUAUUUUAUUAAUAUCCCAGAUCUGAACAGUUGGUUGUAUUUUUAAGAAAUGUUCGACUGUGUAUUGUAUCCUCAAUACACAGACCAAUUUCUCAGGUUUUUACAUAAAAAAAACCCCUGCAACUUUAUUUAUUGCGUUUUGAGCUGAAGAAGUUUUGUCAAUGCCACAGAUUUUCUGACAGUAAUACCUGGCAAAUAUGAAAGAAACGAGAGCCCUGCUUUAUACAGUCUUUAGUUAAUAUCAAGAUAAACUAAUCUCUGCAAAUUGUUAUGAAGAUGAACAAAAUGCUGGCAAAUUUGUUCUUUUUCACUGAAUGGCAGCAUUUUGCAUUCUUUAAUAUUAUGAGGUUAUUAACGGUGUCUUAAAUUAAGUUGAUGUCAAGUCCAUAUUAUUUUUCUUAACCAAAGGUUAAUUGCUUAAUUUAUUUUUGUUUGUUUGUUAUUUUGUUAUUAAGAAAGUUAUAUGAAUGAUAUAAGGUAUAAUGUUGAUAUUAUUUAUGUUAAAUGUAUUUCCUGAACUAAUGCUGUGCAAAUUUUUCACCCUGGCUGGAUUUACCAAUAUGCAUAUAGUAGGAUAUAUUCCUAUACCCAGAGGCCUACUGAAUCUUAAUUUGUCAUGCAGCGUGCCAGAAAAAAAACCUUGUUUCAAGUGUACACUCGGGUCAGUGAUGAGUUUAGCCUAGGGCCAACAAGAAGGUAAAUCUGGUCCUGAUUAUCCUAGAACUUCGUUCUAAAGCUUGUGUAUGAGUUGAUAAAUAGGUCUAUUAGGUCUAAAAAUAUGGUAGACUAUUUUCAGCUUUAGUCUUUCGGACAUAGCAGAAUUGCCAGGUGUCAAACUCCGCUUUUAAUUGUCAUUGUUAUAAAAGUUGACUUCUCAUUGUCAUUGUUACAGAUAGCUUUGUUAUGACUGUAGCCGAAGAAACAGCCAAUGAACAAAACAGCUUCAACAAUGAACAUUCAUAAGUAUAUCAGUCUCUAAUCAACACAGCAUUGCUAUUAUUAGGUACACCAGUGAUCUCAACAAUCAAGUAUGAUCUAGUGUGUGUUAUAUCUACCAGUAAAUGACUAGAAUUGUAAUGGUCAACAUGUAUCUUAGUGUUAUAUUCGGGAAAAAAACAUGAUGAUUAAAUAAUUAUAAAUCCAUAUUUUUUCUAAAAAACAGGUUCAGGACGUUUUGCAUCUCCACAAGGGGUGUUACACUAAAAAUGAUUUCCUCCCAAGGCUCAUUUUGAGCUAGUGAAAUAAAGAAUUUAAAAAUAUAAUAUGCUAAUAACAAAAUAUCUCAGCUAUUCAAAUGUGAGAUCCUCUUGUUUCUCCAUUGUAUAUGGUACAUGACCACAUAAUAAAUAAAUUGUUAAUCAGGUGUAGUCUUUUAUAUGUAGAAAUGUGGAUAUACAAGUAUCUUUUCUGAUACUUUCUUAUUCAGUGGGCUAUUUUACUGGUAAUUGUUUAAAGUUACAUGCUGUGUUUAAGUUGGCUGUAGUCUUCUCUUUUUCUUAAUUAUAAAAAAUAUGUCAUAUAUGCCAGAAAUAUUUUCUAUUGUUUUAUGUUCCCUUUACAGGAUAAAAGGAAACUGAUUUCUAAUUCAAAGUAAGAUUGCGAUAUAAAAUUUAUGUUGGAAUUUAUGACUGUAUUUCCAUUGGACUUUACAAUUCAAUUGACUCACCAUUGUAUUAUUCGAAAAUUGGAUGAAAGUUUGGUACUAUAUGGUUUUUCAAAAGAUAGGUGUACAUUAAUAUAUCUGUGUAUCCCAAAUUUUUGUUCCUUACAAUUUACAACAGGGUUUGUACAGAAUUUUACACCUCAAAUUCUUGGAUAACUUUAGCAAUAAAAUUGCAAACAUUUCUUUGGGGGGUCUCUAGUUUAACUGAGGGAGUGUGUAAUUGCCAGGAAUCCAAAUCUAAAUUACCUUUCCAGAUCCAUGUCACAAACAAACAUUUUUACUUAUCCAGAUUUGAUUUCACAAAAGAAUGACUUGGAAAUAGUUACCAUUUUGAAUCUGAAGAAUCCUCAAUAUAAGGCAGAUUGGUAGAUUCAUGUAUAUUUGGAUUUGGAUUUUAAAAUCAUAAGGAAACAAACUAAAUGUUUGUAUCUAGAAAGAACAGAGCUUUGAAUUCCUAGCAUAGCAUAGUAUAAGCAUAGUAUGUAAGCCCAAAUAUGCCAGAUGCAUUGUAAGAAACUGAACCUGUAAGAGCAGAUGUCAUGAGGACUUCCCUAUAAUCCAAUGCACUUUAAAACAUGUAGAAUAUUUACAAAUCCAUAAUAUUAUGACAUGGGCCCAAAGGAAAGGACUUGCAUGUAUAGCUGUAUGCUGUAUGAAGGUCCUCCACUGGUUACAGAGACCUAUUAGUUCUUCAUAUCUCUGCUUAAUUUACUCACUGCCCAGAUGGUCAGCAAAUCUGAACAUAAAAAUAACCGGUUUAAUAUUAUUUUUAUAAACAGACAAUAGUAAAUUCUGACAGGCCAUGACUUGUGUAGUGAGAGAAUAGGGGAUUGAGUAAAGUAUUAUAUAUGUUAUUCUGGCAUGUUGGGCCUUCAGUUAUAGAGUAUAUUUUUAAAGACCUACCAUAAUUACUAGCUUUCUCGGUAUAAUAUCUUAAUCAUAAUGAAAGCUGUUUUAGCUGUUGUAAAAAGUGUAAAAUAUUUGAUGUUUAUUUAACCGGCUGUAAUGAUAAUUUAUCAUAAGGAGACAUUUACAAACUGGAAAAUAGUUGAUUACCUAUUCUUUAACACAAGAUGUCCUUAAUGUUUAAUUAGAAUUUGUAAUGCUUUUUAUACAAUUAAAAUAUUUUAGCAACUCAGUAAUCAAAAUCAAAUAGAAUCCAUUGUUUUGUAGUGUUAUCAAAAUCUCCACAUAUCAGAAAUAAGGCUAUUUAAGGCUUAGUGAAUAGAUAUUCUUUUAAUUUUUAAUAGUUGUAUACCUGUACAUGUAUCAAAUCAAAUCUGUGGCUAUUCAUGCAGUUUUAUAAGGGAAGUAGAUAAGCUUAUCUAUUUAAUUGUAUCAAUAAUCACGCUUUAACCAGAAUAAAAGAAAGGAAUUA